GCAUUCACGGGACAUUGCGUAGCCGUGUACUAUUCCACGGCCUAUACGCAGUACCAAUUGAUCCUCGUUGCCGGAAUACUGUCUUGGAAGUUUGCCUAUCGAGCUGCCGCCACCGAGGACCACCUAGACCGAGAGGCAAUGGAGGAAAGCAGUCAGAUGUGUCGCGCUGCGCUGGAGACUGCUUUAUCCCGACUGCCGUUGCACAUGCUUCCCACUCUCGAGACUUUGCAAGCUCUUCUUGUAGGAGCAACAUACGCCAUCGAAGCUGCGAAACCAUCGCGAGCAUGGGAAAUGAUCUCCAAGGCGACCGAGAUAAGCCAGGCUCUAGAGUACCAUCAAAUGCCUCCACCCGAUCGCAGGACUGGAACCACCGAGCACAUUACAUUCGGAAUAUUUGCAAUGACAUAUAUUCUCGACAAAGGACUCUCGCUCCGCCUUGGAAGAUGCUCCAAUCUACGAGAUCAUGAUAUCUCAUCAUUUGCUCACCUCAACCAAGGACUGGUGUCCACUCGAUCGAUCUUUCAGCGAUACAUGACUCUGUCGAUUUCGGUCGCGCGCCUACAAGGAGAGACUUACGAUCAGCUCUACAGUGCUUCGGCCGUGGCUCUCCAAGACAAAAUGCGUCACUCUCGAGCCCAAGAAUUACUUGCCUCGUUGUGGAAGUUGAGAGAUGAGAUGCGCAGCCUGCGUGUAGACGGCGACGCCCUUAAUCAGGAAGACUCGGUAAUGUUGAUGGCGGAAGAUGUGACAAUCCUUUCCCUGGCUACCCUCAUUCUACGCACGGUCAGGCGCUCGCAAGACGCUGUCGAAGCCACGGCGUAUCGAUGCAUCGACGUGGCUCGGGAGGCUCUAGAGGGUCAUCGGCGAUGCAUCACAGCGAUUGAGCCACAUAAUUCCGGGACGCUCGAGCUCUACAUCAACUGGUCCCUCCUUUACACCCCUUUCGCACCGGCCAUCGUAGUCUUCUGCAAUGUACUCGAAACCGGAGAUGUGUCGGACCUGGCGAACUUGAAAAUAUUCGUCGCAAACCUGCGACAUCGUUGCGAUGCUCAUCCUUCA